UUCCAGUCGAGUUGCGUCAAGUGCCCCGAGCGUCCUCUGUCGCAGCCAAUUGGUCGCAGCUUCUUUGAGUCGUUUCGCUUUCCCCUGAGCCCGCCGCUCCUGCCUGCCCCGGCGCGUCCCCUUGCAGCUGCAAGUCACUCUUCCCCCCUUCUCCUCUCGCCCCCUCGCUGCAUCGAGGGGCCCGGCCGCUCUUGCCUCCAAGUCACUCUCUUCCCCCCUGCCUGGCUGAUGGUGCUUGCCGAGCUGGUUGUGGGGGCUGUGUUCUGGUGGGGUCUCGGAGGGGCGGUGUUUCUGCGUGUCUGGACCGACUCCAAACACGCAGCCCGUCACCGCCGUGAAGCAAUGAAGGCCUUGGAGGACCUCAUUCAAAAGGUAUUGACUGAGGGGAGACGAGAGAGGGAGGAAGGAAAGAUGGCAAGGAACGGAACAUCUCUCUCUCUCUCUCUCUCUGUGUGUGUGUGUGUGUGUGUGUGUCGUCCGUCGCAGUUCCAAGCCUGUUUAGACGAAGAUCUGAUGGACGCCGUGACAACAUACAAGCAGAUGAAGACACUCUUGGUGAGUACAAGACGAAGGCAGGCAGACAGACCCAGACAUGCGAGAAUGCCAUUCAAGGAGAUGGCUGUAUGUCUGUGUGCAUAUCUUUCAGGCCGAGAUAUGUCAGACUCAAGAAGUUCAAGAAGGCCGGGGAUGGACAGUAGGCACCGCACAGCAAGCAUCUGUCUACCGACAUCAACCAUUGUCCUUCCGGCGUCUCUCCUCUUGUAUCCGUGCAGUGGUCCCCGAAGGAUAUUGAACGGCUGGCGAAGCUCAAGGACAUUGUCACCACAACAAUCCCGACACACGUAGAUUAACCACAAACGAUAAUACUCACCGCUCACUUCUCGGAAGAUUGAUGUGAGCGUAUGUGCAGGUGAAAAUCUUGGAGAGUGUGAUGGACCAACACGGCACAAACUCUAUUAUAUCGGCCACCGCGAAGCGUGACAACACCAAGGCAUAUCCCUGAGGAAACACACGAGCUGACUGAUGGACAAACACGCACAUUUGCCAAUGUGUCUCUCCGUAUGUAGGAGGAGCUGAAGAUCUCAAUCACCCUUCGAGACGACAACACACAGCGGAAGACGGUAGGUGGUUAUCCUAACCCAUCAACGCGCGCGUGUGUGUGUGAAUGAAUGUUCGCAGCUGCUUGAGCACCAAGAGACGACCACCACAACGGCACCUAGCGGUAGCUCAGAAUCUCUCAACAAUGCCUGAUCGAUAGCGCAGAAGUGGGUGUAGAUGUCUCUCUUUGCACCAUACUUGAUGGAUCCACAUUAUCGUGAAUCUCUCUGUAUGUGCCUGUAGGUACGCGCUGUGGGUGGCUGGCUGACAAGUCCUCCGUCUGGCUGCUUUUUUCUACCUGCAAUCGCUCACGUCUUUUCUUAUCUUCCUGGCUGCCUUUUCCUACCUGCAAUGCACGGCACGUGCGUUUGCUCCCUUCCUUCAUUUAUGAGUGCCUUCCUGCCUGGUUGGCUGGUGUGGUGCAUUCAUAUCUGACGUGUCGCUUGGCUGGCUGGCCAGCUGAGCGCUUGGGUCUUGCUUUGAGGGAGUGAGAGGGUGAAGAAUGGCCGGCGGGUGGGAGAUUAUUUCUCGUCCUUAGGCUCUGUCUGUUUCGUCAAUCGUGUCUUGCUGCACACGUACGGGUGCAUUGCAUCUGUUACGUGCGCCCCUCCCCUCUGAAUCCUUCCCUCUCUGGCUUGACCAAUCAAUUGCAUAGUUUCUUGGCAAUUGCUUGGUUAGGACGUCAUGGGAUUUGCUGCGUUUUGGGCAGGUGUGCAUUGGGUCGUCUCGGAUCUCUCUACCCAUGGAUGCGCCUCAUGGCUGCCUUGUCUUGUCCGCGACUGACUACCGCACGCACGUGCGUUGGGCUCUUUUUCCGUGUUUGCUAGGGCUAUCUGUUGCUCGCAUUUCCAUGUGCAUACCCGAAUUAAUGGCCGAUUCAACUAAUGGCGCUGCCUUGCUUCCUUUCCGGCCUCUGCCUUGGCUGCAAUGCCGCUGCAUGCGUGUGGAGCUGACUGUUCGUUUGCACCUGCCAAUCAAUACAGCCAUUAUCUCCCUCUCUAUCCCUCCCCUUGUGUGUGUGCGUGUCUUCUUUCUCGGCCCCGUCGAUUGUUGAAGGUGAAGGUCUCGCUGCCUGGUUUGUAUCCUUCAUGGAUGGAUUUACGACUGACUGCCUGUCUGCUGUGUGCUAUCACAGCCUUGCGGCAAACUUCCCCCGGCUCUUGCUAGAUAGACAAGCCCAAGCUGCCUCUCCCUCUUUGUCUUUCGGUUUCUCUUUCGUUGGAUGUGUGUAUGUUGUGUCUCUCGCUGCGUGUGUGUGUGCGGCUCUUUUUUCUUGUUGCGUACAACACGCACAUAGUCGUGGACGAAUACAGAGAUAGCGAAUUGACAGAGAGGUCUGCUCACAGUAAGCGGGCCGGGCAUCUGUCCACCGUCACAGCCAGGCACACUGACUACUUUCUUUUCAUUGAGACACGAGGCUCCCGGCCAUGGACGGCCGAUUCUGAUUGUGAUUGCAAUCUCAUCGAUUAGAAUCCAUCCAUCCAUCCAUCCAUUGGUCAAUUUAGGGGUCUCAACAUUUGGAACCGUGCGAAAGAUGGGGAUGGGGAUGGGGUGGGUGGGGGUCUCCGGCAGUUGGUUAGUGCAUGAAGGACAGGCAGGUGAGAACGAAAUCACGAUCUGUCUUGCUUGAUGAGGGGAGGGACUAGUUGCUGUUUUUGGUGGACAUCUCAUGCCCUCAUGAUGCCUACGGGUUCGACUUCCCUUACCAACCUGUGCGCGGCCGUCGUCUGGCUGCCGCGUGCACAUGUGUGGCUCUCUCUCUCUCUCUCUGUGCGUGUCUCUCUCCUUCGGUGUUUGUGUAUGUAUGGUGUGUGGCAGCACCAUCCCUCUUUUCAACGGCUGCAUGUGUGUUUUUGUUUCCUGGCCGCCUGGUGUCUGACUGAGUGCAAUGCAUCGACUGACCGGACGUGUUAAUGCAUACAUGCAUUUCUGAGUGAGCAUGUUCUUGUUCUGAGUCGGUAGAGGUGUCGAUAUGAAUUGAUCUCUUACUGUACACGUAGGGCGCAUGGAUGGCUGGCGGUGUUGGAGACCAAUGAGCGACUGGCUACUGAUUUUGCUGUCUCAUGGCCCGCGUGUCUCACUGUCGCGUGCAUGGCUGUUGUGUGGUGCUCGGAACAGCCGCCAUGUCAGAUGUGUCUAUGUUGUGCCUCUUUUUCCCUGGGUGUGUAUGUGUGCGGCUCUUUUCCUGUUGCAUACAACACGUACAUACUUGCGGACGAAUACAGAGAUAGCGAAUUGACAGAGAGGUCUGCUCACAGUGAGCGGGCCGGGCAUCUGUCCACCGUCACAGCCAGGCACACUGACUACUUACUUUUCAUUGAGACACGAGGCUCUCGGCCAUGAACGUAUGUACACCACAUGCACAUACAUAGUGUGCCUUGGCUUACACCGUGCCCCCACCGUGCCCCCACGAAAAAACUUUGAACGACAGCUUGCAUUCUCUUGCGAAAAACGGAUUGAGUGUAUUAGUGUGCGCAACGGCAGUCCAAUGGAGGCGGUCUGUGAAGUCACCAUCAGUGACGGCAUCAUAGUCGCAGAACACACCGCCCCGCAGGCAGAUUCCCCAUCGCGGGAGCAUCAUGUUACGAAGCUCAGUGACGAG